AUGGCCGAUAUCUCCUGGUUUACGGUGCUUGGCUUCCUCUUCCUGACGUUCAACUCCGGCAUGGCCGUGUACCGCUCCAACGGCGACACUGGCUCAAUCAUCUUCGUCGUGGUCUCUUACGUCGACCUCGUCGCGCUCUUCGGCUUCCUGCGGUACUACGAGCGCCUCGACCGCCACUCCCCUAAGCGCGAGAAGGUCAAGGCUGCGGUCUGGAGCCUCACCACGCUCCUCACCGUCAUGUUUAGCUACAAGGUCGCCGAAAUCAUGCCCCUCGCCGUCAAGGUCGUCGUCUGGGCCAUGGCCACCGCUACCUCCUGCGGCGGGUUCUACGCUUUCUUCCUGCACGAGGAGAAGCAGCCGGCUCUGCCGGCGGCGGCGGGUGAGGGCGUCGCCAACUAA